GUGCUGGCUGUUUGCUCUUGCCUUGCUUUCGGUCAUGCUUUCCAAGCUCCAGUCGUCGAGCGCAUCGUCAUUGCGCGCGCGUGUGUGGCGCAGUUGGCGGAUCGCAUGUGUGGCGCUGGCUCGGAACGGUACUAGCGCUGACGAUCAGGUGUCAAGCUGCGAGCAACGGGUAUGUUUCAGAGUACGCGUGGAAAGGGUCGCAUUGAGUCCACAAGCCGCAUAGGACGAGGAAGCACAACGUGGAAGCAUAGCGACCUUAUAAGGACACAUUACGCAACGUCACUAUUGGUGGAUGGCUGGUUGCCGGCAUAUGGACUGCAGGACAAAGGACAUGUGCUUGUGAGCUUGCGCGAGACGGAGUGUCUCGAGGCAUACCUUGUCAUAUAUACCGCACGCCAUGACUCCUCCACGAUGGCGACAGUUACCGGCAGCUCUGCUACUCCUACUAGCGACAACAGUAUGCGCGCUGGAGUCCAAGAUCGAUCAAUCCGAGUACAACCGGCAGGUAUGCUCGGGGAUGUACAGCAAGAAAGGAUGGGGCGGCAACACAUCCCCUUACAUCCUCACGAAGUUCAUCAAACCCGACGACAUCGUAGGCGACCCGAUCGUCAGCCUCGUCAUCUUCGAAUGGGCAGAUAAGCCUCUAGUCGGCUACGCUCUGGAAGAGGACGAAGAACUCGGUGUUCAAGAACGAAUCUACAUCUGCGACCAGUCUAGCGUCGACGCGCAACUCUGCACCUCAGACCAACUCGGCGCCUUUGUCCUCGCCCCAAACGCAACAGACAUCAGCAACUCCGCCAUCAUCACCCAAGCGAUCCACCUCAACGAUCCACCACCCAUCAACUACCCCAUCAAGAAAACCGGCUACUACUGCGUCGGCACCUACGGCUUCAACGGGGAAGACUACACCGGCGCCGUGGAGUUCCGCAACGCCUUUGGCGAGCUGCCCGCCGCGCAAAUCGCAAAACUACCCUUCUACGCCGCCAUAACAAUCGUCUACGCCUUCCUCGCCCUCGCCUGGGGCGCGCUCUACUACCUCAACCGUCGCGACAUCCUCCCCGUUCAGAACUACAUCACCGCCAUCCUCAUCUUCCUCGUGGUGGAGAUGUUCAUGACCUGGCUGUUCUACGACUACCAAAACCGACAUGGGCUCAACGUCGGGGCGAAAGCGCUGCUCAUCGUCGUCUCCAUCCUCUCCGCAGGCCGCAACAGUUUCUCCUUCUUCCUGCUGCUUAUCGUCUGCAUGGGCUACGGCGUCGUCAAGCCUUCCCUCGGCAAGACAAUGAUCUACGUCCGCUGGCUCGCGAUCGCACAUUUCGUAUUCGGCGUCAUCUACGCCAUCGCCUCCCUCAGCAUCACGCCCGAAAACGCCGGUCCACUCGUCUUACUCGUCGUCUUGCCACUCGCAGGCACCUUAACCGCUUUCUACGUCUGGACAUUGAACUCCCUCAACUUCACCAUGAAAGACCUACAGGAGCGCAAGCAGACGGUGAAAGCGGGCAUGUACCGCAAACUGUGGUACUGCAUCCUCGGCAGCAUCAUCGUGAUCUUCAUCUUCUUCUUCGUGAAUAGUUGGACUUUUGCGGGGGUGAACGAGGAGGACUUUGUGCCGAAGCAUUGGCAGACGCGGUGGUUCAUCUUGGAUGGGUGGUUGAAUUUGGUAUAUUUUGUUGAUGUGGCGUUUGUUGCGUAUGUGUGGAGGCCGACGGCGAACAAUCGGCGGUUUGCUAUGUCGGAGGAGCUCGCCCAAGACGACGACGGAUUCGAAAUCGCGUCCAUCCGCGACAGCUUCGACAUCGACCUCGACGACCCGGAAGCCAAUGGCGGCACUAAUACGAAUGGUAAUCUGAACAGUGCCAGCAAGCCGCCCGUUUACGACGGGCAAAGGGAUAGGGAUAUGAGACGAGAUGUUUCGCCUCUGCCUGCACCGAUGCCGCAGAAGCCUUCCCCGCUGUCGAGACGCAGUUUGGAGGGCGAGACGAUGUUUGCGCUCGAGGAUGAGGAUGAAGAUGAGGAUGGGGACGGGGAGGAAAGGGAAAGAUUGACGGGUGGGAAGGCGUAAUGGAUCUGGUGGCCUGCCUGUUACCUUAAUCUAGAGUCUGACUAAGCGAGCUUGCAUUUGUCUGUUGGUUGUGAGAUAGAGUGUAUGCUGCAUUCGUGCAUGCAGAGCAGAGCGCCUGCUUUACGAGGUACUGCUAGAGCGUGAGCAGGAACAGGAGUUUUAUCCGUAGGCCGUGAUGAUGGGAACGCUAUGGAGUAUGGCUCGAGUGCGUCGCCGCUACGAGCCCACCCCCGGUAAACUGUGUGAGCUUGACAGGCUUAACCGUAGCCACGUCUGGGUACCGAAACGCAAGGGUUUGUGAGCACAGGUGCAGACAGAU